GGGGUCCUUGCAGCCAAUCGCUUUACCCCGAUUGUUCUUAUCUCUCGGAGCGCAGGAGCGCUUCUUUCCGGCUGUAACAGUGCGCGCACACGACUCUGACAAACACCCCGGCACCGGCCCCUAAGUUACUUCGCACCUGCCACACCAGGCCAUCUACCUGCCAUGCGUCGCGAUCUCAGCUGAACUGCCUGCUUUCUCAGCAUACUACUCAUCAUCAGCAUCCUAACGCGCUGGACACACUAUCACUCCUAGAUCAUGCUGUAGUGACACCAAAAUAUCCUCCACAGCCAUUGUUACAACCACAUUGUUCUUAUCAGCAGCCUACACACAACUGAUACCGUCCGGUUUCAGCCUCACCCUCAUCCUUUCCUUCUGCUCGGCCACCUCCAGAAAUGCUGCGAUAAGACGGUUGCAGCGGUCGACCGCUUUGCAGGCUUCGCGCCUAUCGAUCUAUUAUCGACUUAUAUGUAUUACACGAGGCUUUCAACAUGAUGAUGGUCCCACGGGCUUUCGCCCAAAAUCCCUUAGAAAGGAGGCAAACUAUCGACUUCCAGGAGAAAGACACCCUGGACAGACGGAAAUCUGUCCGAUCCGCCUCACGCUCCGCCCUCUCCCAGAGCCUCGCACAGCAGAAAAGGGACUCACGGAGCCCACAUUCAGAUCCUGUCAAGAUUCCGUCGCGAACCGAAAGACAUUCCGUGAGUCCGCCGCAACGACCUGCCCCUUCGUCGCUUCAGCCUUCGAGCAAUCGCAGCAGUACUUCGCUACAAGGGUCACCGAAAAGGAGGGAGUCGGUGCAACAAGUUCUUUCAUCAACCACUAUACCAAUCCGGCGCAAGCCGAAGCAAAAGUCGGCGCAAAGAAUACCAAAAGGUGACUACGUGGCGGAGUUCAGUAAAUUACUGCGGGAUGAUGUGCCCUCGAGUGCUGAAGGCAGUCUAACAGGAAGUUGGACAAAUCCGCAAUUUGAAGGACUAUUUGGUGCGAUCGACAGCUUGGUCGAGGGUCAGAUGAUCGUGGGAAGUGAAGGUGUUGAUGCAGGAAUUCUGUCAACGAGGUCACUUUCGAGCGAAUCAAUGCCCUCGCUUGCCUCACCCGAAGAUUUCAGUACUUCCGACAUGACGAGUUUUACCCCGGCAACCUUACGAUCGCCAUCCGACCUACGACUGCGGCAGAUGGGCAACUCAGAAGACGCCAGCAACGAACACCCCCUGCUAUCGCUGGAACAAGAAGCAGAGUCCAGUGGAGACAUCACGCCUGAACUGUCGCUGUCACCUACACCUAUACCUAGGCGCAAGCGCAGAAUGAUGCCAGAGAAACGACCGAGCUCGUUCAAAUCCAGUCUGACUGCGUCUUUGAAAGCCCUCAAGUCCGCAGCACAAACCAUGUCCAACAUCGCGAGUACACCUCCCUUGAUCCAACCUGACGAUUUUCUCUCAAAGUCCAUAUUCGACUUCCAACCUUCGUUGACCGAUGAUCGGCGGCCACCACCAUCCGAAGAACUUCCAUCCGCUGAGCUGAGAAGGUAUCUGAAUCCACGUACCUUUGUACCCCCUGACUCUCCUGCACAAUUACAUUUCUGGAUGGAUGAGAAACCCACGGCUCAAUCAAAGGCAGCCGCAGCAAAGCCCAAGCUCAAAAUCAAGCGAAAAUACAAGCUUGUCACCUCUGCCGGCCAGGAGAAAGGAGUCGCCGGAUCGAGGAAUCCCAUCGCACAACUGCCGCCCGUCGUGCCGCUGGCAACCUGCAUUCCGUCGAGCAUCCGUACAGCUCACGCAUCAAGUCCACCAACCUGGCUCGAACCGGAUGGCACGCCAAGUAAUAAAUAUCGCGCUGCACAGACACUUUGGGAGAACGAGGAUGGCCUCAAAGCUGAAGGUCAGCCACGACCUCGGGAACCGCGUGAGAACAGGGAUUUCCUGAGGGUCUUUGUUGCCGAAAUGAACAUGCGCAAGAGUGGGAAAUUGAGCGACGAGGCAAUACCACAUGCGCGGUUAUGGCUGCCGCCUGUGGACGAAGGUGAUAAGGAACAGAAGAAAACCACGGCGAAAAAGGUGGGCCUGGAACGCUGGCCUAGCCGGGCCAUUGAUGAUGACGAUUUGCGACGGCCUCUGUCUUGCUUUUGAAUCUGUGCUACAUGAUACCACUUGACGGUCUAUGAAAAGUCGACACAGGCACUUUUCGGGAUGUUUUACCAUUGCUUUUUCUCAGAAAGCCGAUAACACGCGCUUUUGGAUGUUUUCUUUUCCAGCAUUUCGGUCACCUCCUUUAUUCUGUAAAGGACAAUCGGUAUAAGCAUAAAUACGCUCUCGAAUCUGCUGUAAUCUUGGGUAGCACCUGAGAUUUAUACGGAAAGAGUCCACAAGAUAUAAUGAAACUGUUAAUGAAGAAGAAAUUGAGUUGAAA